AUGACGACUCCAUUACGCACAGGUAAAAUAAGCGAGCAGCAGAAAGCGGCUCUUAUCGAUUAUAUCACACAAAAUGAGCAACUAAAGAGUGGCAAAUUCACUCAAGAAUUCACGUAUAAAAAAGCUCAAAAUUGCUGGAAGGAACUGGCGAUAAUACUGAAUGCAAUUCCUGGUGGUGCUGAAAAAGAUUGGCACCAAUGGAGGAAGACAUGGCAUGAUUUGCGCACGAAAACAGAAUCGAAAAGUGCUGCUAUAAAGGCUCACAGAGAGGGCACAGGAGGCGGUGAAGCUUUCAAAGAAUGUCUCACUGCAACGGAGGAGAAAAUUGUGGAAUUGAUGUGCCCCACUUCCAUUGCGGGCCAUCAGGAUACGUUAGAGUCGGAGGUGGUAAAUAUUUUAGUCGACCCUGAUGUGCCCACAAUUUCACCUGGGGAUUGCGGCAUUAAUAGUGAAACAACUAUUAGUGUGGAGACGGAAGACAAUAGCAGUUUUGACUAA